AUGACUCCCCUUCUGUUGGUCUUCUCCAGUGGUGUCCAGGGGACAAGUUGCAAAAGGUUGUGCGUUACGAUCGAACCGGCCUUGCUGUUGAAAGGAGACAUCAUGGUGAAAUGUUACCACAAGCGUUACAAACACCCGGACCGGGACGUGGUCUUCAGGACGCAGUUCCACACCUGUGCCAUCCACGGCACGCAGCUGUGGUUCGGAAAGGAUGAGCUGGACGAGGCCUUCAGAGACGACAGGUUUCCGCGAGACGCCGCCGUGGAAUUUGUUUUCUCAUCCGGACCGGAGAAGAUAAAAGGCCGAGAGCACCUGAGGAAUGACGUGGGGGUCACCGUGGACUACAACACCUCGGACCCGACCGUCCGGUGGGAUUCCUACGAGAACUUCAACUUCAACCACGAGGACAACACAGAAGAUGUGUUGUACACGCGAGGCCCGUUAGACGGAAGUCUCUACGCCAAGGUCAAGAAGAGAAGCCCGAGUAACGUCACGGCCAACGGGAGCCCCCCCAGCGGGAAUGGCGUCCACAGCGGGCACGCCCUGUCCGUCAGCACCGACUCCGGACAUUCCACCGCUUCGGCGAAGACGGAAGAACCCGGGGUCAACCCCAAGCCCCCUCCUUCUCGGUUGGAGAGGGAGCAGCUGGACAGGCUGCUGACGGGCUUCGGGGUGGGCCCCGGAAAAGGCCCCGGGCAGAACCGGGCCCACCCUCAACCCCAUGCCCACGCCCGGCCCGUGCCCAACGAGCGGGAGACGGACAUCCUGGACGACGAGGAGAUCUGCCAGAUGGAUCGCUUUGCCACCCUGCCCAGGAACGUCCACCACCUGGGCCACUUCUGCGGCCACAAGGGCGGGCGCCAGUCCCCCAGGUACGGGCACAGCCCCGAGGGCCAGCGAAGCGACGUGUACUACAGGCCGGACGUGACCUUGGAGAGGAGGAGGUUCGCGUACGAGGGCGGCGUGUCGCACGUCAACGACUUGGGGCAGGAAAGCAGGUCCCACGACCCCUAUGAUCACGUGAAAAGCGCGGAUUCCCCUCACUACCAGCCCCCGGGCCCGGACAGGACCAACUAUCAGCGCCAACGCAGCGAGGUACUUCAUGGGUACCCGGCAGGGUUCGUCUGCGCCGAGAGGAUGCCUCAAGGCCUCAUCCAGAGAGCGAGGCAUCGCGACGAGGUCCACAGAGACCACGAGGCCAAGGCCGGUCGCUACAGGCUGAUGGAUUACCAUCCGGGGCAGGGCUUUCUGGACGGACACCACCUCCAGUUCCUGGAGCAGAGCUUCCCACCGGAGAUGGCGUCCCACCUGUGCCCGUGCCAGGCUUGCGCGUCCCAGCUCCCCCGGGAGGAGAUGGAGCGGGCAUUGGGGGGACUUAAGCUGGAUCACGAGCCCUUGCCCAUGUACCAACACCCGGUCUCGCCGGGCUCCGAGAUAUGGCAGAUGAAGCCCCAUUUGGUCGCCAACCCGGCCCGCAGCAGCCAGCCUCCUCAGGCCCUGCCUCUGCUGAUACCCCCCCAUUCCUACUGCCACUACCCCCGAGGUCAAGGCUACCCCCCGCUCGCUUACGGCCCCCUCCACAGGGAAAUGCCAACGCCAGCGCAGAUGCCACAUGUCUACGCCUCUCAGCUGAGGCCAUCAUCUCCUGGGCAGUUCCAGCCACGGAUGGAUGAGUCUCCAGAGCCUCUCGUGCCUUACUUGAGGUACCCCGAACUGGAUUACCAACCACACGGUUACCACCCUUACAGCUAUUACCAGCAGCCGCUCUGUGCCAACAGGAACUGCGAUAGGUGCCCUGGCACCUCGUUCACGUCUCCCUCGGACUUGAGUCCCACCCCCAGGGGCUCCCAGAGCCCUCUGUCCGGCUCAACCUCCCCGGUGGGAUUGGGCCAGUCCCAGAUUCUGUCGAGGGCUUUAAGCGAGAGAACGGUCAGGAGAGAGGAGGAAGCCCCCGAUUCGCAGCAGUCGCCUGCUGCUCAUCACUGCGCUGACUCCUCACCUUGGGGGGAUGACCCUUCCACGCUCCCGGCUCCCGGGCAACCUCAGGGCACCGAGUCCUUGAGAAGGUACCAUCGAGAGGCUGGAGUCACCUGCAACAGCCUCCCCCGACCCGCUGAGCCGUUGCCCCCGAUCCACACCAGCAGCCCGGUGUAUCCCAGCUGCAACAACGACAACAACGCCGCCGCCACCACCAACUUGCGCCCCCUCGUGCAAGGCAGCGUCCCAUUAACAAUCCUCGCUUUCGUGCUGGUAGCAGAGAGUGGGUGUGGACCUCAAACCCCCGAGCCUUCGUGGACCUCCCCAGCAGAAGGCAACAUCCAGCUGCCCGCUCGGCCCAGGUUGCAAUCGGGCGAGGUCCCCGGCAGAUGCCCCGCGAUCGAGGGCCCGACCGACGCGUCGCCAGGGGGCCGCGAGCUGAACGGCCGGCAGGAGGGCGCGGGUCAGGCUGGUGCUGGGUUGGUGCUCGGCGCCCAGUGCGGCCUGAACCACGGCAACAGGGUGAACUUCUCCGCCGGUUCCCCGGGUCGGUGCAGCCCUGGCUUCGGCGAGCGUCCGAUGGAGGCCUUCUCGGAGACGCUGGCGCGACACCGCUCGGGCAGCGCCUCCAUCUCCCCCUGCCCCGUGGCCUCGGGGAGCCAACCCCCCUCGCCCGACCUGUCGGCCUCCCAGGGCAGCCCGGACUCCCAGACGCCUCCCACGCCGGCUUUCCCCGUGUCCUCGCCACACUACGCCUCCCGGGACGAGGCGUUCGUCUACCAGCAACAGCCGCCGCUGCCGGAAAAGCGCAGGAUGUCGGCCAGUCACACCCUGCCCAACGGGAGGUCUUUUUCCCCGACGCAGAAGGCCGAGGCCAACCCACAUCAUGUCACCUUCUCCCCCAGCACCUUGGACAUCGCUGGGCUCUCGUCAACAGAUGAGCAGCUGGAGACCCAGUUGAGCGCCAAGUUCGUGCAGGACACCUCGAAGUUUUGGUACAAACCGAACAUCUCCAGAGACCAAGCUAUUUCGCUGCUAAAGAACCAGCUGCCAGGGUCAUUUCUUAUCCGAGACAGUAACUCGUUCCAGGGAGCGUACGGUCUCGCCCUCAAAGUCUCCUCACCUCCCGCGAACCUCACCUCCCAGAGCGGCAAAGGUGACCCCAGCGAGCUGCUCGUCAGGCAUUUCCUCAUCGAGAUGGGGCCCAAAGGCGUGAAGAUCAAAGGUUGCCAGAACGAACCCUACUUCGGAAGUUUGUCGGCCUUGGUGUACCAACACUCCAUCACUCCCAUCUCCUUGCCCCACAAGCUGAAAAUUCCAGACCAAGAUCCGACCGAUGAGGCCCACAAGUCCAUUGCACCGGGCAACACAAGCACUGCCGUGGAGUUGCUCAAGCGGGGAGCAGCGUGUAACGUGCUGUACGUCAACUCGGUGGAGACGGAGUCUCUGACUGGGCCGCAAGCCAUCGCCAAAGCCACCGUGCAGACCUUUGCCUCGAUCCCUCUCUCCACGGCCAUCGUGGUGCACUUCAAAGUCUCUCUCCAGGGCAUCACCCUGACAGACAGUCAAAGAAAGAUAUUUUUCAGGCGUCACUACCCAGUGAGCACAGUCACUUUCUGCAGUUUGGACCCACAGGACAGAAGAUGGACUAAUCCAGAUAGCACCACAUCCAAAAUGUUUGGCUUUGUCGCCAAGAAGCAAGGGAGCACACUGGACAACGUCUGCCACCUCUUUGCCGAACUGGACCCCGAGCAGCCCGCCUCGGCCAUCGUCAACUUCAUCACCAAGGUCAUGCUGGGACCCCAAAAGAGAUGAGACCGCCCCCCCAAAAAAAGAAAAAAAAAAGAGGAGCCGUUAUUGUUUCGAAAGCGAGUCGAGAGGCUGGAGAGACAGAGAGAGAGAGAGAGAGAGAGACGGAGAGAGGGACAGAG